AUGGCCGCGCACGGGAAGCUGCGCCGGGAGCGGGGGCUGCAGGCCGAGUACGAGGCGCAAGUGAAAGAAAUGCGCUGGCAGCUGGGCGAGCAGCUGCGCUGCCUGGAGCUGCAGGGCGAGCUGCGGAGGGAGCUGCUGCAGGAGCUGGCCGAGUUCCUGCGGCGGCGCGCCGAGGUGGAGCUGGAGUACUCCCGGGGCUUGGACAAGCUGGCCGAGCGCUUCUCCGGCCGCGGCGGCCGCCUUGGGGGCAGCAGCCGGGAGCACCAGAGCUUCCGGAAGGAGCCGUCGCUCUUGUCACCCUUGAACUGCUGGGCCGUGUUGCUGCAGCAGACGCGGCAGCAGAGCCGGGAGAGCGCCACCCUGGGCGAGGUGCUGGCCGGGCCCCUGGCCCAGCGCCUGAGUCACAUCGCUGAGGACGUGGGGCGCCUGGUCAAAAAGAGCAAGGAUCUGGAGCAGCAGCUGCAGGAGGAGCUGCUGGAGGUGGUGUCGGAGCUGCAGACGGCCAAGAAGACGUACCAGCUGUACCACACGGAGAGCAUAAAUGCCGAGGCGAAGCUCCGGGAAGCUGAGCGGCAGGAGGAAAAGCGGGCAGGCCGGAGCGCCACCAGCGCACCUGCCGCGGCCACCGACACAGGGACCCUCCGCAAGAGCUCCCUCAAGAAGGGAGGGCGGCUGGUGGAAAAGCGUCAGGCCAAGUUCUUGGAGCACAAACUCAAGUGCACCAAGGCGCGCAACGAGUACCUGCUCAGCCUGGCCAGUGUCAACGCCGCUGUCAGCAACUACUACUUACAUGACGUCAUGGACCUCAUGGAUUGCUGCGACACAGGCUUCCACGUAGCCCUGGCGCAGCUGCUCCGGAGUUACGUGGCGGCCGAGAGCCGCGCCCAAGUCUCCCACAUGCAGGGCCUGGGCAGCCUGGAAGAGGCCGUGGAGGCCCUAGACCCUUCAGGGGACAAGGUCAAGGUGCUGGAGGUGCAUGCGGUCGCCUUCUGUCCCCCACAGCGUUUUGACUACCACCCCCACGAGGGAGAUGAGGUGGCUGAGAUCCGGCUGGAGAUGGAGCUGCGGGAUGAAAUUCUGCCCAGAGCCCAGAAUAUCCAGAGCCGCCUUGACCGACAGACCAUCGAGACAGAGGAGGUGAGCAAGACUCUGAAGGCCACACUGCAGGUCCUGCUGGAGGCGGUGGCGGCGGAAGACGGGGACGCACUCGACUCCCUCCAAGCCAGCCCCUCCACCGAGUCCCUCAAGUCCACCAGCUCGGAUGUAGGGGCGCGGCAGGCCGGCCGCAGGCGGGGCCAGCAGCAGGAGACAGAGACCUUCUACAUCACGAAACUGCAGGAGUACCUGAGCGGGCGAAGCGUCCUCGCCAAGCUGCAGGCCAAGCAUGAGAAGCUGCAGGAGGCCAUUCAACGAGGUGACAAGGACGAGCAGGACGUGUCUUGGGCCCAGUACACACAGAGAAAACAGCAGAAGAGCCGCCGCCCCCGCCCCAGCUCCCAGUAUAACCAGAAGCUCUUUGGGGGGGACAUGGAGAAGUUUAUCCAGAGCUCAGGCCAGCCCGUGCCCCUGGUGGUGGAGAGCUGUGUCCGGUUCAUCAACCUGAAUGGGCUGCAGCAUGAGGGCAUCUUCCGGGUGUCAGGUGCCCAGCCCCGGGUCUCAGAGAUCCGUGACGCUUUUGAGAGAGGAGAGGACCCACUGGUGGAAGGCUGCACACCCCACGACCUGGACGCGGUGGCAGGGGUCCUGAAGCUCUACUUCCGGAGCCUGGACCCCCCACUCUUCCCUCCGGACCUGUUUGGAGAGCUGCUGGCCUCGGCAGAGCUGGAGGCUGUGGCUGAGCGGGUGGAGCACGUGGGCCGCCUCCUGACCCAGCUGCCCGCGCCGGCGCUGGUCGUCCUGCGCUACCUCUUCACCUUCCUCAACCACCUGGCGCAGUACAGCGACGAGAACAUGAUGGACCCCUACAACCUGGCCGUGUGCUUCGGGCCGACGCUGCUGCCCGUGCCCGCCGGGCAGGACCCAGUAGCCUUGCAGGGCCGCGUGAACCAGCUGGUACAGACCCUCAUUGUGCAGCCGUCGCGGGUUUUCCCGCCCGUGGCCGUGCUGCCGGGCCCGACAUACGAGAAGUGCAUGGCGCCGCCCUCCUCCAGCUGUCUGGGGGAUGCCCAGCUGGAGGGCUUGGCUGGGGAGAACGAGCCAGAGCUGGAAGCCGGGACCAUGGCCCAGGAGGAUGACCUGGAGGGGGUCAUGGAGGCCGUGGCCUGUUUUGCUUACACGGGUCGCACAGCCCAGGAGCUGAGCUUUCAGCGCGGGGACGUGCUGCGGCUGCACGAACGGGCCUCGGGCGACUGGUGGCGGGGGGAGCGCGCGGGCGCCCGGGGGCUCAUCCCGCACAAGUACAUCACGCUGCCUGGGAGUGCAGAAAAGCACACGGCGGCUGCGGGGGAGCCGGUGAGCAGUCCAGAGAUCCUCCUGGCCAUGGAGUUCAUCCAUCGGCCAGAGCCAUGCACCCCGCCCGAGGCCCCACUGGGCACCUCCGAGGGGCCCUCUGGGCACAGACGGCACUGUUUGGUCCCUACCUCCCCGGAGCGAUAUGUGGAGGUAGACAAGGCUGUGGCCCAGACCAUGGACUCCGUGUUUAAGGAGCUCUUGGGAAAGACCUCCGCCCGCCAAGGCUUUGGGCUGGCAUCCACCUGCUCCCCUGGCCCCGGGCCCUGCAGCCUGAAGCCUCCAGCCUGCGGCCGCCUCGGCAAAAACAAAGGCCUCUCCCGGGGCUCCGGGGUCCUGGCGUCCCCCUCGGCGUCCCGUCCCCAGAGCCCGGACUCGCCCCUUAAGCACUGAGGUGCUGCCAGCUUCUCCCCCGCUCCGUGCAGCCGGCGCUGGGGCUCCUGCCCUCGGCCCUCCUGCCCUUCGCAGAGGAGAGUCCAGCUGCCCAGAGGCGGCCCCAC